UUCGCUUCUGUAAAAUUUUCCCCCCGUACGUCUUGUGCGGGUCCACCAUAGACUAGAAAUAAGUACAGCUGUGCUUGUUUUGCACAAACGAAAGAAGAGUGCGGCGUUCGAGGGUACAGAAGGCUUGGUGCUCCCCGUGCUAGUCAAACCCCAAGUCUUAGAGGAAAGGAUCACUGUCGCUCUUACGGGUGGCGGAGGACCAACAGUCACACACUAAGACGGGACAAGCAGUCCCUUGGAAACGGGACGUCGACGGCAACAACGCAAACAGGAAUCUGAGUCCCGUCACUGUGCGUUUCCUCGACUGACCGACUCUUCCGACAACAUCAUCAUCGGACAGUUUCCGUGGGCCUUCGUAAAAGUGGCCGGAAGCCAGCAGCUGUAGUUGUGCUCGCAGGUGGUGGCGGUUGAGCUUCCGAAGACAUGAGGUGAUGUGCGAUCAUGGCAGCCCUGGACGCGGCAGAGGUGUCGCCGGGCCCCGUCCUAGGGAGCGGGGUCAGUCCAGUCCAGGGAACGGAGGAGGAGCGAUACCUCGUUGUGAAAAUCCUCGCUGGUCAUAACCUUGCCAAGAAAGACAUCUUCGGUGCCUCUGACCCAUACGUACGGAUCAGAGUUAUAUUCAAUGAGCAAACGGUCGAUGCGUUUUACACGAGGACGAAGAAGCGGACAUUGAAUCCGGUAUGGAAUGAAGAGUUCAGGCUCUUGGUUCGACCUCUGCGGCACAAGGUUCUUCUCGAAGUAUUUGAUGAAAACAGAUUGACUCGAGAUGACUUCCUCGGUGUCGUUGAGCUGCCACUGCAUCAGAUCGGAGAGGAUCCGUCUGACAAAUUCUACGUUCUACGGCCUCGCAGCGCUAAGAGCCGGGUGAGGGGUCACCUUCAACUUAGUCAUUACUACGCUGCCUCCAACGAGGAUCCCCUUCAGGGUACGACUGGCGCAGAACAUGGGAGAGUUCAUGGUUCUGAGCAGUCCAACCCGGAUUCCUCGUGGGAGAUCGUUGGCAGCGAGGAGGCGACACCUUUACCGGAAGGCUGGGAAGAACGCGUGGACGCGAACGGACGUACGUACUACUUGAACCACAUUGAGCGGACAACUCAAUGGAAUCAUCCGAGUGGAUUAGGCCGAACGACGGAAUAUCGCAACACACACAACAACAGCACAAGCAGCGGCGGUGGAAGCGACAGCCACAGCGGCGGCAUCGGCGAUUCGAGCGUGUCAAACUUGCAAAGCUCACAUCACCAUGCCGCUUCCGGUCAGAACGGACGAAAUGAGUCGGUUUCAUCGUCAGCGGACGCAAUCGGCCUCUCAAUCGGUUCGCUCUCAUUGAAUUGUCAAGGAAGAGUUCACAUUUCGCAGGAGGAUCACAUCGAUUCCGCGGGUCUUCCAAUUGGAUGGAGCCUGCAGAAGGCACCGAGUGGUCGAACCUUCUUCAUCGACCACAACACGAAAACAACAACAUGGAUUGAUCCUAGAACCGGGAAACCGUCACAGAUAGGUCAAUCCAGCGGCGGAAUCAGCGAGAAACAAGCUGCAUCUGCAGCAGUGGACGAACUGGGACCCUUGCCAGAUGGAUGGGAAGAGCGCAUUCAUACCGACGGACGCAUCUUCUUCAUCGAUCACACAAACCGUAGAACGCAAUGGGAGGACCCCCGAUUCAACAAUCCGGAACUUGCCGGGCCUGCUGUGCCCUACUCUCGCGACUACAAACGCAAGUACGAUUAUUUCAAAUCGAAGCUGCCCAAACCGCCCACCACGCCUUCGGGAGGGCACGCCAAGCUUGAGCUCAGAGUGACGCGAUCAAACAUCUUCGAAGACGCUUAUAUGCAAAUAUCCUCGGUGACGAAAACAGAAUUACUCCGCACCAAGCUUUGGGUCGAAUUCGAUUCCGAAGAGGUGUUGGAUUACGGAGGAGCGUCGAGAGAAUUUUUCUACCUCCUAUCGAAAGAGAUGUUCAACCCCUACUACGGACUCUUCGAGUACUCCGCUGCAGAUAAUUAUACGCUCCAAGUGAAUCCGAUGUCAGGCGUAUGCAACGAAAAUCAUAUCCCAUACUUUAAAUUCAUUGGACGAAGCGCUGGCAUGGCGGUUUACCACGGGAAACUUUUGGAAGCUUUCUUCAUCCGGCCUUUCUACAAGAUGAUGCUGGGGAAAAACAUCACAUUGAAGGACAUGGAGAGUGUCGAUACCGAAUAUUUCCGCUCUCUGAAAUGGAUCCAGGACAACGAUCCGCAGGAGUUGGACCUCAGGUUCUGCGUCGACGAAGAUCUCUUCGGUCAAACGCAAGAACGAGAACUGAAGCCCGGAGGAGCUCAGGAGCAAGUGACGCAAGAAAACAAGCAGGAGUACAUCGACCUCGUCAUAAGCUGGCGAUUCGUAUCUAGAAUUCAGCCACAGAUGAACGCUUUCCUCGAAGGAUUCAACGAGGUUGUGCCCCUGCAACUGCUAAAAGUAUUUGACGAGAGCGAGCUUGAACUGCUCAUGUGCGGCAUAGGGAAAAUCGACGUAAAGGACUGGAGAGCCAACACGAUCUACAAGGGUGGCUUCCAUCCGAAUCAGCUCGUUAUCCAGUGGUUCUGGAGACUGGUCCUUUCGUUCGACAACGAGAUGCGGGCGAGAUUGCUACAAUUUGUCACGGGCACAUCGAGAUUGCCGAUGAAUGGAUUUAAGGAGCUUCAAGGUUCGAAUGGGCCACAACAAUUCACGAUUGAGAAAUGGGGUACGGUGAAUAACUUGCCUCGCUCGCACACGUGCUUCAACAGGAUAGAUCUCCCCCCGUACGAAAGCUUUCAAGAUUUGAGGGAGAAGAUCAUCAAGGCCAUCGAGGGAUCUGGAUCUUUCGGAGGAGUAGAUUGAGAGAACCCAGGAAGAGCCUCGAGCAGCAAAGCUUCAAACCAAACUACGGCGAACAGAGUGUGAGGAACGAAUCUAGCUCAAUCAUUCGAACGAUGACAUGCGGCCACCCGGGGCGUUGUUUUCGUUCGCUUUGAACAGGCAAUCAAUAUUUCAUCUAUUCAUAUUUCAUCCAUCCAAUCGAGCAAUCAAUCAUUCCCUGAUCGAUCCGUGGGAUCGGAUGACUAUCCAUACCAAACUCUGCAAUAUUCGAGUGGAGGAGAACA